GGAGAGCCCCCCAAUCCCGCGCCGGGGCGGCGGCGGCGGCGGCGGCGGCGCGACGAUGAGGAUGAUGAAUACAUUGCAAAGUUUUUUUGGCCCCGGCGAGGGGUGUCAGAUUGAGUGCUCUGUGCGCAUGUGCGAAGGUGUCCAAACUGACAAUGCUGGGGAGAUGAAGAUAGUGUGUAGCUGCUUCUGGACUCAAGGAGGAGGAGAGAGAUUCCGCGAGCCGACACCAUGCGAUCCAAGGCGAGGGCGAGGAAGCUAGCCAAAAGUGACGGCGACCUCGUCAAUAACAUGUACGGCCCGGACCCCGACCUGCUGGCCGGCGAGAGCGCGGAGGACGAGACCGAGGACAGCAUCAUGUCCCCCAUCCCCAUGGGGCCGCCGUCCCCCUUCCCCACCAGCGAGGACUUCACCCCCAAGGAAGGCUCGCCCUAUGAGGCCCCCGUCUACAUCCCCGAGGACAUCCCCAUCCCGCCGGACUUCGAGCUCCGGGAGUCCUCCAUCCCGGGGGCCGGCCUGGGCAUCUGGGCCCGGAAGAAGAUGGGGGUCGGGGAGCGGUUCGGCCCGUACAUGGUGGCGCCGCGGGCCACGCUGAAGGAGGCGGACUUCGGAUGGGAGCACAUGCUGACCGACGCAGAGGUGGCGUCCCAGGAGGGCUGCAUCCAAAAGAUCUCCGAAGACCUGGGCAGCGGGAAGUUCUGCGUGGAUGCUAAUCAGGCCGGGGCGGGCAGCUGGCUCAAGUACAUCCGCGUGGCAUGCUCCUGUGACGACCAGAACCUCACCAUGUGUCAGAUCAACGAGCAGAUUUAUUAUAAAGUCAUUAAGGACAUUGAGCCAGGAGAAGAGCUGCUGGUCCAUGUGAAAGAAGGCGCCUACUCCCUGGGGACGGUGCCCCCCAGCCUAGACGAGGAGCCCACCUUCCGCUGUGACGCGUGUGACGAGCUCUUCCAGUCCAAGCUGGACCUGCGACGCCACAAGAAGUACGCGUGCAGCUCGGUGGGGGCUGCGCUCUGCGAGGGCCUGGCCGAGGAGCUCAAGCCGGAGGGCCUGGGCGGCGGGGGCGGCGACGGGCAGGCCCACGAGUGCAAGGACUGUGAGAGGAUUUUCCCCACCGAGUACAGCUUGGAGCAGCACAUGACUGUCCACACGGAGGAGCGUGAGUACAAGUGUGACCAGUGCCCCAAGGCCUUCAACUGGAAGUCCAACCUCAUCCGCCACCAGAUGUCCCACGACAGCGGCAAGCGCUUCGAAUGUGAAAACUGUGUGAAGGUCUUCACGGACCCCAGCAACCUGCAGCGGCACAUCCGCUCCCAGCACGUGGGCGCCCGGGCGCACGCCUGCCCCGACUGCGGCAAGACCUUUGCCACGUCCUCGGGCCUCAAGCAGCACAAGCACAUCCACAGCACCGUCAAACCUUUCAUAUGUGAGGUCUGCCACAAGUCCUACACGCAGUUCUCCAACCUGUGCCGGCAUAAGCGGAUGCACGCCGACUGCCGCACGCAGAUCAAGUGCAAGGACUGCGGACAGAUGUUCAGCACUACCUCGUCCCUCAACAAGCACCGGCGCUUCUGCGAGGGCAAGAACCAUUACCCGCCGGGCGGCCUCUUCGCCCCGGGCCUGCCCCUGACCCCCAGCCCCAUGCUGGACAAGGCCAAGCCCCCCGCCAGCCUCAACCACGCCGGCCUGGGCUUCAACGAGUACUUCCCCUCCCGGCCGCACCCGGGCAGCCUGCCCUUCUCGGCGGCGCCCCCCGCCUUCCCCGCGCUCACACCCGGCUUCCCGGGCAUCUUCCCCCCGUCCCUGUACCCCCGGCCGCCUCUGCUACCUCCCACGCCGCUGCUCAAGAGCCCUCUGAACCACACGCAGGACGCCAAGCUCCCCAGCCCCCUGGGGAACCCGGCCCUGCCCCUCGUCUCUGCUGUGGGCAACAGCAGCCAGGGGACCGCGGUGGCCGCAGGGCCCGAGGAGAAGCCGGAGAGCCGCCGGGACGACGCCUAUGCCGCGGCUAAGCUCAGGCCCCGGGGUAGUGACCUGUCGGACGGCAGCGACUUCGAGGACAUCAACACCACGACAGGGACCGACCUGGACACGACCACAGGCACAGGCUCCGACCUGGACAGCGACGUGGACAGCGAUCGCGACAAGGCCAAGGCCAAGGCCAAGGCGGUCGAGGGCAAGCCAGAGCUUGCAGGCGGCAUGGUGCCCCCCGGCGCCCCGAACAGCGUGGGUGAGGUGCCCGUCUUCUACUCGCAGCACUUCCUCCCGCCGCCCGAGGAGCAGCUGCUGACGGCCUCGGGCGCUGCAGGCGACUCCAUCAAGGCCAUCGCCUCCAUCGCCGAGAAGUACUUCGGGCCUGGCCUCGUGGGCAUGCGGGAGCGGAAGCUGGGCGCGCUGCCCUACCACUCCGUGCUGCCCCUCCAGCUCCUGCCCAGCUUCCCCCACUCCCUCUACCCCUUCACGGACCGCAGCCUCGCCCACAACCUGCUGGUCAAGGCCGAGCCCAGGUCUCCCCGCGACGCCCUCAAGGCGGGCGGCCCCAGUGCUGAGUCCCCCUUCGACCUCACCACCAAACCCAAAGAGGCCAAGCCCGUCCCGCCCGCACCCAAGGCACCACCCGCCCUGGCGCCGGGCGAGGAGCAGCCACUGGACCUGAGCAUCGGCAGCCGCGCGCGGGCCAGCCAGGGCGGAGGGGGCCGGGAGCCCCGCCAGAACCACGUCUAUGGCGAGCGCAGGCUGGGCGCCGGCCAGGGGCUACCCAAGCCGUGCCCGGCGCAGCUGCCGCAGCAGCCCUCUCUGCACUAUGCCAAGCCGUCGCCCUUCUUCAUGGACCCCAUCUACAGCAGGGUGGAGAAGCGGAAGGUGACAGACCCCGUCGGCGUCCUCAAGGAGAAGUACCUGCGGCCGGCCCCGCUGCUCUUCCACCCCCAGGUGUCAGCCAUCGAGACCAUGACGGAGAAGCUGGAGAGCUUCGCGGCCCUGAAGGCGGACUCGGGCGGCUCCCUGCAGCCCCUCCCCCACCACCCCUUCAACUUCCGGUCCCCACCCCCGACGCUCUCGGACCCCAUCCUCAGGAAGGGCAAGGAGCGCUACACGUGCAGGUACUGUGGCAAGAUCUUCCCGCGAUCAGCAAACCUCACGAGACACCUAAGGACACACACCGGGGAGCAGCCGUACAGGUGUAAGUACUGCGACCGCUCCUUCAGCAUCUCCUCCAACCUCCAGCGGCACGUCCGCAACAUCCACAACAAGGAGAAGCCCUUCAAAUGCCAUCUGUGCAACCGCUGCUUCGGGCAGCAGACCAACCUGGACAGACACCUCAAGAAGCACGAGCACGAGCACGCGCCAGUGAGCCAGCAUUCGGGGGUCCUCACCAACCACCUGGGGACCAGCGCCUCCUCCCCCACCUCCGAGUCGGACAACCACGCACUUUUAGACGAGAAGGAAGACUCCUAUUUCUCUGAAAUCAGAAACUUUAUCGCCAACAGCGAGAUGAACCAAGCCUCGACGAGAACAGACAAACGGCCGGAAGUGCAGGACCUGGAUGGCACCUCCCAGUGCCCGGGCCUGGCGGGCGGGAAGCCGGAGGAUGCGGAGGAGGAGGAGGAGGAGGACGAGCUGGAGGAGGAAGAUGAAGACAGUGUGGCAGGGAAGUCCCAGGACGACGCGGCGUCCCCCACCCCCGACCCGCAGGGCGCCUACGAGGACGAGGAGGACGAGGAGCCGCCCGCUGCCCUGGCUGUGGGCUUCGGCCACACCCGAAGGUGUGUUGAGGAGCAGCCGGGCGGUCUGUUAGCUUUGGAGCCGAUGCCGACUUUUGGGAAGGGGCUGGAUCUCCGCAGAGCAGCUGAGGAAGCAUUUGAAGUUAAGGAUGUGCUUAAUUCCACCUUAGAUUCUGAGACUUUAAAACAGACCCUGUACAGGCAGGCUAAGAACCAGGCGUACGCAAUGAUGCUGUCCCUGACCGAGGACCCCCCUCUCCACGCCUCCUCCCAGAGCCCUCUGGACGCUUGGUUGAACGUCACGGGAGCCACGCCCGAGGCCGGAGCCUUUAACCCCAUCAAUCACCUGUGACCGGCCGGGACGGGGCGGGGUCAGAGUCCGAGCGAGGCCACCACGGGCCCCCGACGUCCCCACAGAAAUGCCAGCUGCGCCAGGUGGAGGUGCGGCCUCGGGGAGCCGGUGUGGCCUGGGGCCAGGCCAAGGAGCGCCCUCGUCCCCAUGCCUGCCCACCCCCCGCCCCCGGGUGCCGUCCUCCCAGUACCACCCACCGCCACCUCCUCCGGUGGAGACUCCGGACACAGAGGCCUUGGCGCCGUGGAGGGUUUCACCGGCUCUGAGAACAGGUCUCGAGGACGAACGGCUUUGAGACGGUCCGGCGAACACCGCCCAGGCGCAGCACGGCGAGCCGCCUGCAGAGUCAACUCCAUGGGAGAGGGCGGAAUCGGAACCCCCAACAGACGCCGCAGGCCACGGCCGGGCACCCACGUGGUGUCUGCAUGGCAGGAACGGACAGCUGGGCGUGCUCGCGAGAGGGGGUCACCCCAGCCGAUUUUUAUAAUGGAAAUGACGAGAAUGACCCUUUUGGUCACCUUAUUGACGACAGAGUCUAUUUAAGCAUGUGGUUUUAAAAAUAGACAGUAUUUUUUAAAAAAAAUCGAAAAGUGACUUGCAAAUUGUUUUUUAAAAGUAAUUUUGCAUUGCUUUGAAAUCUCAGCUUAUUUGCAAACCCAAACCUGCCUGGGAACCAGCACUGCGUUUGGGGCGUUCUCUGUCCUGUAGAUAAUGGAGAAAUUUUCUAUCCCUGACCGUGUUUGUAAAGUCAAGGCGGUUCUAGGCGCCCCAGGCAGACCGGGGGGGCAGGGCCCACUCCCGUGAGCAGUGGCAGACUGUGCCCUGGAGUCUUAGAUGCGGUGUCCUGGGCUGGCCCAAGGCUGGGACUCGGAGAGGUGCCUGCCGUCAUGUGACGUGGGAUGCGUGCCCGUGGCCGCCACCAAGACCCCCCAAUUGUCUGGGGCUGGUCGGAGCCGUGGCUUGGUCCCCGACGCAGAGCUGGGCCGGGCCCUGAGGUUCCCACCCCACGUCUGUGCCUCGGCCGCCCCGUGCCAGCCCCCCUCCCCACCCCCACCGCUCGUCAAACGGACGAGGGGAAGGCAGCAGGCAUUCCCGGGGGGCCACCUGGGGCGCACUCAGGCUCCAGACUGCCGAGCAGCACAUGCCACCGAGACCCCGGACCCAGGACCCGAUAGCCGCUUCGCUCUUUGUGUGGGUUCCUGGCGGGCGGGACCCGGCUCCAGAACGAAGGGCGUCCAGUCGUGACCUACUGCAAAGAGCAGAGACAGCACAGCCCCGUGGGGACACGCCUCCCGGGGACCGGCUACUGCUCCGCUCGGAUGGGCUUUAAAUUAUUCCCGUAGGGGCCAAUUUCAAAUAAUAGUUUUGUUUUUUUUUCCCUGAUGGAAUUUACCUUAAUCUGUAUAUAACUUGUAAUUUUUUCUAAUUCAUUUCUUUUCUUAUUUUAUUUCUUCCUUAACAGUAUUUUUGGCAUUAGACAUUCUUAUUGUGAAGAAAUAAUGUUAAUAUAAGUAUCUAGUGAAGGACCAAAACCAUGUAAUAAGGUUGUGUGUCGUGUGAUCCGUAACCAGGGAGUGGGGCGAUUUUUAAUGUGCCAAAUACCCCGCGUCCCCCCCCCCCACGAAUCCUGCUGCCCGUUUUCCAGACAAUCAUGUGUUUUUGUUAAAUUUGAGUUUCGGUUGCAUUUGCAUUUAAGACAAGUGUUCUAUUUAUUUCCUUUAUUGUUUGGAAGAAAGAAGAAGCGCACCCUAACAAGAAGAGAAAUUGCCCAAGGUGCCCUGGAACAGGUGUGAAAAUACAGACGGUGGUGGGGCCGCUGCGGCCCCCCAUCCGGCCGCUCCCCCGGCCUAGACAAUCGUGAGCCUGGGCACGUGGGCGUCCGGCCGCAGGGAGGUCCCCCCAGGGCGCCCCAGACCCAGCUCUGGGCUUCAGCCUUUCCCCGAUGGCAUCAAGGCGACAGACUCGGAACGGCCUGCAGGUGCUCGGGCUGGAAGGUGGCCCCGGGGCGGCCGCUGGCAUGAGGACGGGCAGACGCCAGCGCUCACGCCCCCUCGGCAUCCUCGACCCCCCUCGGCCAGACCCGCCUGGUGUAGGAAUUUCCAGCUUCCCCUUGAUCGAGUUGGGACCCCUCUGGAAAGUCCUCCUCCGUUACAAACACCCCAUUUCUGUAAACCCAAAUUAUAUGAUUCUUCUGGUAAAGAA